UUUUGAUCAAAAACAUAGUAAAUAAUGAAAUGAUUUGAUGAAAAUUUAGGAAGAUAACACAGCAGUCGUUUCUCUGUGCCAUACGAUAAAUUGCAUAGUUCUGUAUUUUCCCUUUUACCACACAGAAUUUUACUCAAUAACAUAGCAAAAUUCAUGCGCCCACCAAUUAUAUGAGGCGUUGCGAGUAUAAACAUGAAAAUCAACCAGUGGCUCAUAGUAAAAUUUCAAGCUUUUUCUCCGGUCCAAUUCACCAAUUCUUAACAUUUCGCCAAAGACACGAGUGACAUUCAGAUAUCGAUUCAUCGUUCAAUGUAAGAAUGUCGUUGAGCUAAAUUUUGCCUGUCGUACAUAGUAAAAUUUGAGAGAACUGCUUUCGGCAUCAAAAUUACUAUACACUUUGGUGAAAUGUAGUGGAAUGGCGAUAUAUAGAACAGCGCUGCUACAAAACAUAGCAAACUUUUCUAGCAAAUUCAUCCGAAAUAUUUGUAUAAAAGUCUCUACGUGUAAAUGUGGUACACCGUAAAAAAACCUUCACAAAAGUAGUGCGAAGAAGUAAUUACCUUCAAAUUUAGCAUUCAACAUCGCACAUUAUCUGCCCUGUGCAUGGGUUCUCCAAGAGGCUUUUCAAUUCAUCGUUCUAUUUCAGAGUUUCAUGUAAUUAGUCGAUAGUUCAACUCACGAUAUUGUAAUUUGAAAUUAAUUGAAAAGCUACUAAUCUCGUACCUUGUGACAUUUCAAUUUACAUUUGAAUGAUAAUUUUUACAAUAUUCAAAAAUGUACUUUAUGAUCAUACCUAAUUACUUAGACUUAUUAUACACGAGACCCAAAUAUUUGCAACAUUAUAAUGCAAUUGACGAACUUUUGUCCAGCAAUUAGUUUUGUUGUAACGAUUGAAAGGAGUGCAGUACUUUAUCAAAAAUGAACGAAUCGUCAUCUACGAAAUCUGAAUCGUUUGCAAUUUUAUAUAGCCGCUUGCUAUUAUCCCGCCUAACGAUCAAAUUCCUUUUCAUUGCCCUAAAAGGGGGAAAGAAAAUAUUGUAGGUUAUUCGACAAUGAAAUCGAUAAAAAAAAACUCUGAAAUUGAAAAGCCGAAGAAUAAAGCUACUGCGAGAACACGACACGCUACCCUGAUACGUGAUGACAGGCUGCUUGGAGCAAUUGAAACUACCGGAGUAUUAAAGAUAACGAUCACUUCGAUAAAAACACGAAGUACGAGUCUAAUCGACAUGGAAUAAAAUAGUGCGUUGCUACCCUGCAAUCGCUCGUGUUUGUCACUUAUGGUAGUCGCUGGUAACGCUUUUUGCCGUACGGAUGAAUCUUCUCAGUGGAACGCCACAAAUCUUUCUGUGAACACUCGAGUCAGUGCAACUUUUAUUAUAAUCCUUGAAACAUCAUGGACAUCUUCCGCUUUUGGCUGAUCGUGUUGUUUCUACGAUUCGGAGGGAUGACACUCGUGAGUGGAAAAGGAUUGCUGCUGUUCGCUGGAACGCCUGAUCUCGCCGGAAUAACGGCCAAAAUCAUCAUUAAUUGCUAUAGCGAGCGAGUUAAGGAAAUCGGUUUGGUUGGCACGUUUUCCGAUUCGUUUUUCACCACCAUGGCAUCAGGCGAUUAUCCAUUCAGUACAGUUUUGCUGAACGACGACACUGAUGAUCGUUCACCACAAAACGGUGAAGUGCCGGUAAUGAUGCGCUACAAAUUACAACUCUUCGCGGUCGCGGUAACGUCAUCUUCCGAGCUCAAAGAGACUCUCGUUCGGAUAAGCAAUUCCAGGUGGUGGAAUCACAUGGCUAAAUUUUAUAUAUUUGACUCGGGAAACAAAGUCCGAUGUUCGGAGGCUUUUGAGGUUUUGUGGACAGCGUGGAAGAUGGAUAUACUCGGAGCGAAAUUUAUUUGCAAUGACGAUAAGAAAGGGCCAUUGAUUUACAUGUUCAAUCCUUACACGAAUAACGCCGGGGAUCAUUGGAAAUUGGAGCGCAUCUAUGAUGGUGUUAACAACCAUCCAUGGGCUCUAUUCGUACGAAAAUACCACGCAAAUGUCAACAUUUGCCAAAAUAUCGAUUUUGACCAAACGAGGAAUCCCGGUGGAUACGAAUUUCGAAUGUCGGCAUCCGAAUUGGUCAUCUCACCGAAUUAUACUUCCACUAACCAAUGUAGCCAGUCAAAAAUUAUUACCUACUUCUGCCAGAUACUAUCCCAGCACAUGGAAGUAAAACAAAAAUUCAUAAUAUUCGAGGAAAAUAAAAUCUUCGGGUUUGUCGAUGAAGAUGGAAAAGGUCACGGUGUGCUACAAGAUUUAACUGAUUACCGGGCCGACAUGGUGUAUCAAGUGGUCCCGAUAACAAGCUUUCUCCAAGUAUCAGGGAGCUCGUACAACUACAUCAGUCUAAGAGCAAUGACUCAAUAUACGGGUUACCCGUCCCAAUGGGAAAAAUUUAUCUCAGCAAUUGACUCUCAAUCAAGAAUCGGGCUGUAUAUCGUAAUCCUCGCGAAUUUGAUUUUUUUCAAGUACGCUUUUCGACAAUCAUUCAUGAUAGCCUUUCUCAACACAAUUCGGAUAAUCUGCAACUCUUGCCUCGUCAAACUUCCCGUCAAAAUGGGUUUGAGAAUUUAUCUCGCAUGUUUAUUUUCUUUCUUCAUAGUCAUUCAAGCUUUGUAUCAAGGUGAGCUCGCUGCUCGAUUAAUGAAGCACGAACGCUAUCCGAAUAUUAAUAAUGAACGUGAUCUAUCAGAGUCUAGUUACAUUAUUUAUGGAUCUCAUUUGUACCACUCGCAUUUCAAUGACUCGGUAUACAAAGACCGUUAUGUCCCGUUAAAAUACCAACAAAAGUGUGUAGAUUAUCUAUUACGUAACUCAUCGAUCGCUUGCUUGGACCUGAUGUUCGUUUUAAUGCAUAAUGCAAUCAAAUCGAGGCUUCACGUAUCCAAGCACGGGGUCAAGGAAAUUCCGAUGAAAUUUCCACUUCGAAAGAACUUCCCUCUGGAAGAAAAGUUUAAUCGGUUCCUCAAGAAACUCGCAGAAUCUGGGAUUCGUGACUAUCUCAAUCGAAUCUUUGAUGCCGAGGCUUUGCAUAUUCUAGAUAUCAAUGAAAACGGAAUUAACGAUGGAAGUUUCAAAGUCAUAAUGCUCGGGGAUUUGGAUUUUGCAUUUUUCAUUAUUCCAUUCGGAUUGGCAUGUGCCACCAUAGUUUUUCUCAUUGAGUUGUAUGUAGCACGGAAUCGUCCGUCACGUAAGAGAAAACGAGUCCGUUUAGCAUGGCAUUGAAUCACAAAAUCGUAAUCCAGUUGAGAAGUGUAAGAUUAUUUAGCCUUGUGGGUUCGUUUUGUCGAAAAGCAAUGUAUGAAAAUGUUUGCACCGUAACAAAGCCUUCACGGAAGUAAUACGAAGAAGGAAAAAAAUUCCAUUCAAAGUUAGCUUUGAACAUAGCACAUUAUCUGCUAUGUUUGUAAUUACUGUUUCACGUAAUUAGUCGAUAGUUCAAUUUACGAUAUUGUUAUUUGCAAUGAAUUGAAAAGUUGGUAAUCUCGUCCAUUUUGAUAUUAUUCCAAUUGACAUUUGAAUGAUAACUUUUACAAUAUUCAAAAAUGUGAUAUUACACGGGAAGACUUUUAUAGUAAAAAUUACUGUGUUUUUAUAGUAACGUCGGACUACGCCGAUAUUAUAAUAAUAAUCGCUACAGAGUGUGUCAAAUAAUGCAAAAGUUUGGGUAACCAUUA